CCCGCCGGCGGGGGCGGCGGCGGCGGCAGGACCAGCAUGCACCACCGAAACGACUCCCAGAGGCUGGGGAAAGCUGGCUGCCCGCCAGAGCCGUCGUUGCAAAUGGCAAAUACUAAUUUCCUCUCCACCUUAUCCCCUGAACACUGCAGACCUUUGGCGGGGGAAUGCAUGAACAAGCUCAAAUGCGGCGCUGCCGAAGCAGAGAUAAUGAAUCUCCCCGAGCGCGUGGGGACUUUUUCCGCCAUCCCGGCUUUAGGGGGCAUCUCAUUACCUCCAGGGGUCAUCGUCAUGACAGCCCUUCACUCCCCCGCAGCAGCCUCAGCAGCCGUCACAGACAGUGCGUUUCAAAUUGCCAACCUGGCGGACUGCCCGCAGAAUCAUUCCUCCUCGUCGUCGUCGUCCUCAGGGGGAGCUAGCGGAGCCAACCCGGCCAAGAAGAAGAGGAAACGGUGCGGGGUCUGCGUGCCCUGCAAGAGGCUUAUCAACUGCGGCGUCUGCAGCAGUUGCAGGAACCGCAAAACGGGACACCAGAUCUGCAAAUUCAGAAAAUGUGAAGAGCUAAAGAAAAAACCUGGCACUUCGCUAGAGGGCUUCUUGUCUGGCUUGAAGAUGCAGUACCCCUUUCCUGAAGCUUCGUUCAGGCUGUAAGAUACAGUUGCAGGUGGUCGCGGGGGCACGGCCUCUCCCCCACCCUCCCCAGCUGCACUCCGCGUGGAACUGGCCUCCAGAUGGGGGGUGCGCCCCUCCUUUUUAUCUGCGGUGGUAAACUAAUGUAAUUGGUUUAAAAAAUCAGAAGUUUCACAUUCAGUAUGCUCAGAAAUGCCCCUUGGCGGUUUAAUAUGCCCCCUCCCUCUUAGUAGUAGUUUUAAAAGCAUCUCUGCCCAAAGAUUGCACACAUCACAUUUUAUAUACUUUCAUUGGCUAAGAGAGGCUUAUCAGUGGCCAGCUUAUAACAGUGAGGACACCAUUUGUGGCACACAAGCCUAGGUUUCCAUUAAAACACACACACACAGAGUAAUCUUUGAGGCUGAAAUAACAUGGAUUCAGAAGGGUGUUUUACCCCCCUUCUGGAAUAAUUUUUCUCUUCACCAUGAUAAAAAUGUUUCUGUUUCCCAUUUUCCACAUAUCUGGUAUUUUUUGAGAAAGCAGGAAUAAUAUAGAAAGCUGAACACCACCUGCAAUUUUUAAGGGGAUGUGUCUUAGAAUCAAGGGACAAAAUUAGUUCAUUUCUGGCAGGUGAUGGUCAUUUCAUUGAGGAAUUUUUUACAUAGUCUCACAAAUGGUUACUAAAAUUUGGUUACCAAAGAAUAUUUCCUUUGAGCUCUGCAUUUGACAAAGUAACCAUUUUGUGGUCACAAAAUUGUUGUAUAAACCAAGCGCAAUUUUGAUUGAUACCCUUCAUGGUCAGUAAUAGUUUCUUUUCCCUAUAUGUCCUGAAAUCAGACAAUGUACUGAUUGUCACUAAAGUAAUUGUUAAGUUAGGCUUUUAAUUAUGUCAAAUACAAAGAGCGAUGUGUUUGGUGGAAAUUUUGUAUGGUAUCGUCAUCAAAACAAAAAGGGGAAAAGUGUACAAUCGUAGGUAAAUGAUUUUAAUGGCACGUUUAGCAAAGAUGUGUGGACAAGUAAUCAUAUUUAGUCCCCUGAUAUCACUUACGGAGUAGGUGACAGGACGUCCACAUACACUUGAGAAUAUAGGUGGUGGAUUUAGCAUUUGGGAAUAUUCUGUGGGCUGCAUUAUAGAGUGAGACUGGCUCUCACAAGUUAUUAUCAGAGGGGCACUUGCACAUUCCUUUUAAAAAUUGCGAGUGCUGCUUAAAGGAGUUUUCUCCAUGAAGGACUGGUCUUUAAAAGGAUAAAAAAAAAAAAAAAAGGAAAGCUAAAGAAUUUUGUUGGAGGUUUGAACACAAAUAAGAUAUAGUUUUUUUUAAGUUUUAUUAAUAUACAAGGCAAAUAGCAUUUUGGGAUUCAAAAAAACCCAGUAUUAUAUUGAUAUCAUUAUUGAUUGUGAUCAAUUCCAUCAAAAUAUUACAUGUAUUCCUCUUUAUAAGAAAACCCAUCUCUUUGUCGAAAGUUUGACUUUACUCCAGAGUGGUUUAUUACAUUCCCUUUGGCAACUCUGCUUAAACAAAGAAAAUAGUAAUUAUAAAAAUGCAGGUCCCUGUAUUUUGUUAGGUGGCAAAAAACUCAUUUUUAGUUUUUGAAUUCUGUUUUCUGGAUUAGUUUGUUGUAACUUACUCUAGGUCUCUAAGGCCCAUCGGAAAUUAAAACUCAGUUCAUACUAAAAUUUCCUGUUAAUGCCCAGUUGAUAAGGACUAGAUGGCUUUUAUUUUUCCACUUAAACUGUAUAAUAUCUAGAAUUACAGAUUUCAUGUUGUUAGUAGGCCACCUCUUCAGCUAGACCCAUGGCACUGCCUGCAUUUAGGGUCUGUAGUGGGUGAGACCACUGAAUAAUUCUGAUUUAUUUAGUAAAUAACUGCUCUGAAGGAGCUUAGUGUGGGUACCAAUAGGUUUUCUGCACAAGUUUCUAUGCUGAUUUAUCAAUCUAGACAAACUUCAUAAAUUCCCUUUUUUCCUCCUUUUGAUAGUUUUCCCACAAACUUGUGAUGCUUAAAUUCCUUAAACAUUUUAAUCAUAUAUGAUCCCACAGUAUUACCUUUUCUUUUUCUUUCUUUCUUUCUCUUUCUUUCUUUCUUUCUUUUUUUUUUUUUUGUAAUCCAAGUGCACAAAAGUUCUGUUGAUCGUCAGAAAAUGGGGUGUGGGUGAGAAGGGAAACACGUUUCUGUCUUUGUAGAGCUCUCUGAAGAUGUUUUCCUAACUACAUACCCCUUCCUACCAGAGAAUGGGUCAUGGUUCAAGGCUAAGAUUGUUAGUGGAGUGUCAUUUGUCAGAAAGAAAAAGUGUUUUUGGGGGAGGGGUGAUUUUGUUUCAUUUUUUUAAUGGCUAAGAUUCUUUCUAGGUUAUUUUUAAAAGGCAAUGGCAGCCUUAAGCCCAUGUGUAACCACACAGUUAUGGUUGUAGGGAAGCAGCUGGGUGCAUGUCACAGUGACAGGGUUUACACGACUGAACCAAAGCUGGAGCAGUGUUUGCUGGUGGGUGAAAAGUCCCCUGCUGACCUGCUUCCCUCUCUAAUUUGGUUCCCGUAAGUUAUCAUCAUCUGUGGAGAUGUUUUAGAGAUUGGAUAGACUCCCUAGCUGAGGAUGAUGAUUUGGGGAUUCAUUAUGGGUAAUAGCUGUGGGCUUCAGGUUUAAGUUCAGUAGCUAGUAUUUCUUGGCUUUAAAUUAUGGACACCAAAUUAAUAUUUGCAUCAUAAUCAUUAGUGAUAUUCUUAUUUCUCAUUUCAAACCUCAUGUGUCCUUCUUUCCUUUGACUUAUUCUCAUCCCAAAGGCUGGAGUCUUAAUCAGAUUUUCAGGCUGAGUAAACUGAAAUUAAGACAGACUCCCAUGGAUGUGUUGGGAUUCUUGGCCACAUUUUUUUGAAACCCCCCCUCUGGCAUUCCUUUUAAAACAGCCUUACUUAUUUUCACGUUUUCCUGCUUAGUCUCAUGUUGAGAGCAUCUUAAUGCCUUGGAAAUAUGUUUAUAAAAUCAUCCCCUUGAUAAUAUUCCAUAACAAUGCACAUAAAACAAAUUUAGUUUUUCUAUGACACUGUGCACUGUAUAUUUGCAUAGAACACUGUUCAUUUAGUCAAUUACUACAUUAAAAAACUGUCACUAAUUAUUCACAGCAGUUGUUACAGAUACUGUGUGCCCUUUCUGCAACAAAACUUAUCUUAAAAACUUGCAUCCUAAAUGAUCGAUAUUAAGUUGAGAGAUUUUAAUAAACAUAUGAUUAUGCAUUAUGGUAAUAAGUUACAUAAUAGCACUUUGUCUCAUGCAAAGGUAAUCAAUCCUUCAGCUUUCAUAUUCACAGCAGUUAUAUUUCUGAUAUGAAGAUCUAACUUUUUAAAAUAUCCCAACCCGAUAUGGCUCAAGGGAUAGAAUCAUCCCCAUGGGCAACCCCAGCCUCUUAGUCCCUGAACAUUGUUCAGGUGACAUGAUUGAUCUCUGUGGGACAGCAUUAGAGACCACACAGAUCUGGUUUCUCUCCCAUUAGCUGAUUUAUGGAAUUACAUUAGUAAGCAGCACCUCAGGAGAUUUCCCUGCCCCCACCCUUGGCUCUCAGCUCUAAGUUACACGCUGCCACCACAAGCUGGAGAGGGACUUAAAAAGGAUACGUUAUAGUGAAGAGAAACUGGAACCUCGAGAAAAAGGACAAUUUCUAUCUCUUUCUUUUCUUUUCAAACUUUUCUCUCAUUUAAAACAUUUAUCUACUGAAUCUACAGGCCAACAAGUUAGGUUGAGCUACUAAGGGGUUUGGUGGAAAACACCAAAUAUUGCCCCAAACUUGAUAACUUGAUUUUUUGAAGAGUGUUGUAGGGAAGGAGGGACACAUUUCUUAUGUAUGCUAUUAAGUUCCAAGAGCCCCACCACACAAAGGGCAAUCGUAAAAUUCUGGACACAGCAGUGUCUGCAAGGAAGAUGGUACCUGCUUCCCAAGGAAAUUUAUUUUUAGACCAUAUGUAAAAUAGGUGUGUCCUUCAGACUCAGAAUCUGUACAGUUAAAUAACGAAACCAGUCAAUACUUGAACACGUUAUUUGUUUUUGAAGUUUGGUGACUUUAAAAUGGAAAUGUAUAGGUAAACACAGAUGUUUCAUAUCUUAAAUUGAAACAUCCACCUGUUUGUCGUUUUAUAUCACGAUUUAAAAAUGAGUUCUCAAUUUUUAGUUUCAAAAAUAAAAAACAUGCCAGUAUAAAAAUUUAAAUUUUUAUUUUAUUCUCAAAAAUACAAAUAUGUAAUUAUUAAAGGGAAAGAGGAAAGUCAAUUCAAACAAAAUGAUAGUGUAUUAACACUAGAGUGUAAUAUAGAACUAAUGUAGGAAAAAAGAUCCUGAGUUUCAUAAAUGAUAAGAAAAAAGUUCAGAAAAGUUUAGAUUUGACUGAAGUCAAGUCCAUUUGUAGUCGAGGCAUCAAACUGUAAUACAAGUCCGGCGAGAUUUUCCUCCUAUCACUCCAUUUAAUACAAGGUAGUCAAAGUCGUUUUUAAAAGGACCAUAUAUUUUUAAUAAUUCCCAAAUGAAAAUAAUACCGCCACCCAUGCAAAUAUCAUGUAAAUUCUAGGCAAUCUUUUGCAUGGCAAUUAGUAAUAGUUAAAUAAAAGUAAUUAAAAUCUAUAUGUAAGUUAUCCUCUAAGCAUGUUUGUUUGAAAUUCAACUGUCAUCAAACAAAAUACAAACAAAUAAGCAAUCUGAAAGCCAAUCAGAACAAAUCAACAAUAACAAGUUUUAGACUAAUCAGAUAAAAAUAUCGUACAUUUUAAAUAAGAAUGAAAGGUGUAUCUAGUGAUUAGGAAAAUAAAAGUUACUUGAUUUUUAGACUUUUUGCUGGAUUGAUGACUGAAGUAUUGCUGCCUAUUUUGGUUAGUCUCUUGUUUCCCUGUGAACAUUUAGGGGUUUUUGUAUAGUCAGACUUACAGACUGGCAAAUACAGAACAAAUUAAGAAACUAGUCUGUAAGACUACAAUUGGAAAGGAGUGGAAGAAGGGUGGGCGUUUCAUCUACAUCGGCUCUAGUUUGCCAGGUUGGAGACUGAAGAUCUGUGGGGAGGGUGAUCUUGGCAACCCUGUGGAAUGUUCUUCCUGCAUACACGAGUAAAACAUGAAAUUAUUUGAGUCUGUAGAAAUGUGUUUUUAAAAACUCUUGAAGUAGUUGGUGCCCAGAACUGUUUGAACUCAGUUGGUUAGAUGAUCCGAAUACAUAGUUCAUUUUUACCAGAAAACAACUCACCUUUUAAUUUUGCUUUGAAGACGCAGAACAAAAUGUCCCACUAUCCAAUAAAUUUCACAAGAGUGGAUAUGCUUCCAUUUGUUUACAUGUAUUUUUCCUCACAUUACACAAAGUGUUUAAUAUAUUCAUCGCAUAAAGGUAUCUAAUCAAACUAAUAGGUUAAAUUCCACAUUUGUUGAAAGGAAAGCCCACGUAAAUAUCUAAGUUGGAUAAAGGACUACUUCUCUUUCAGGUUUCCUUUAUUUUUAAAUUAAUCUUUAAAAAGAGAAAAUGAACCCAAAACAAUGGUAAAAUUUUUCAUUUUUAUGUAUGAUUUUUGGUCACCGAUUAGAAUGUAGAUGAUCUUGGUAGGGGCCGUAGAACACUCUAGAAAAAUACCAUUUUUUACAAAAUUUGUUUUUGUUGUUAUUUUUUAUUGUAAUCAGUGGAAAUUUUGAAGAUUCUGCAUAUGCAUUAAUUUUGUUCCCUGUGUUGCUGUGUUUCUGCUGAUUCGUAACAUAGUUUUUCAUCUGGCAUUAUGCUAGUAUCCUUAAAAGUUUCAAAAUAUUUGGGGGAGGGACACAGGGCUGGCUUCUCCUUCAGUCCUAUCUUGUUCCAUCACAUACAAACACCUGUCCUGAUAUUGAAUUAUUCUGCACGGUAAUGGAAAAGCCUCCCUCCAUUCAGCAUCAUAUGUUUUCUGUUGUUUAUUGAGUUAUGUUGCACCAUACUUCAGAUGCGACAGCCAUUUAAUAAUGUUGAAGACUUAGCUCUGCAGGGGCUAAAAGGAUCCCAGCAGGCUUGUUAACUUCUACUCUAAAACAUUAUGAGAAAUAUUUUUUUCCUCUGUGAAACUUCGGGGCUUUCUCUUAAUUUAUUUUAACGGCAUAAGAAUCCAAAGCCAGGUAUGAGAGCCAGCCUGUUAAAUUUGUUCUGUUCUUCUUUUUCUUAAUAUUUAAUGCAUUUAUUUCUCAUUACGUUUCUUACUCUAAAGCAAAUGGCAGAGCAAAAAUGAGUUUUUUCAAAGAAGUAAUACUAAAGAUGUAUUUCUUUGGCUGAUAUAUAAAACCAAAUAUAAAUUAUAGCAGGAAAGUAUACUACUAGUUUCUUGGCUUUUCAUUUCUUUUAGAAUUAAAAAUUAUAUUUGGGCCAUAUGGCCACAUUUCGAUGAUGGGUGAUGGGAGGAGCUAAUAGUAUCAGGUGACUUAAACAGUUGAAAUUAGGUACAUCAGCAUAACUUCUCUGAACUUUGUUUCCUCACCUAUGGAGUGGGGAUCAUAGUAUCUAUUAGCUUACAACUUUUUGAUAUUGUAUGUAGGUUGGUGUACUUUGUAUAAUGAAAGAUGCUAUGCAAUUUCUCAUUCCUAUGUUAAAGUCCUCAGUGAAAAGUAGAGAAUAAGACAACGAUGUUUACAGUUAAUCCAGUCCACUAACAGGUUACUUAGAGUUUUCAGAAAUUAAAGCACAGGCAGACUGCGUUGUAGUUUGUGUUUUCUGAAUUUUUGCUUUAAUCAUCCAGUUCACCAAAUAUCUGGCUUGAUUUCACUUGGAAAGAGACAAAGCUGAUAAACACGUCUUCCUCGUUGUUCUACUUGCACUGUCAAAUGCCCAGGAAAAGGGCACAAAGUACCCAGUCGAGUCCGUCAGUGUGGUGAGCCAGGUCAAAUAAAUUAGUGGACUUCCUCCUUCCUCGCCAAAGAUACACCGCUGCCAUUAAUUUCUGUGACUUUUAAGAGAGAGAGAGAUUGACUUUAACACAACACCUUCCUUUGGCUACUAUUUUCUUAAUUUGGACAGACGUGGUGAGUUAUUCUAAAUGUGAAUUAGUUUAAGAAAAUCAUUGUAAGAAAGCAAUGGUUAAAUGCUUAUGAAUCCUAGUUGGAGAACAUAUUUAAUAAAUAUUAGAAAAUUUUAGAGUUACUUUUGUUUUGGAAGAUAGGUAUGUGGGGGAAUAAAACAGGUAGACACACAUUUUGAGAUAAAAAGUAAAGUAACUAUGCAGAGCUUUCUUUUUUUUAAUAAGGAGGGGGUAUUUAUGAAAUGAAGAAAGGUAGUGAGCAAUAAUAGAAAAGGCUGAUGGUUUUUUGGGAGAAAACAGUGAUAAGCCCUAAAAGAUUUGGAAUACUAAUCCAGAGAGCAUUAAAAACCAAGGAGAAAGGAAUAUUCAAGUCAGGAUGCAAUGCAGUAUCUAGAAGGAACUUUGUCAAGACAGGAUAUGGCUGUCUGCUUUCCUUCAGCAGUUAUAGAAGUUUUGCAGAGAGUGGAAACUAUAAAAAGAGGGAAGAUAAUAUUUUUAUGACUUCACUCAAUAUAUUUGGGUUGGGAGUCAGAGUGAAAACUCAAGUUCAGGGGAGUGGCAGCUGAAUCAGAGACAGGGAACACAGAUUGUGUUAUAGCUGAUGUUAUUAUUUUUACUUGUCUUUGAAACAUUUGGUAGAAUAAUUCCGAAGCAUAACUAAAAGAGAAUGCUUCCAAGAUGGGUGGAAGACGGGAUCCCAUUUGGAUCUCCUCUGCAUCUAAAUUCAUCACUUUAGAGGACAUUCUUGAGAACGUGAACAAGUGUCAAACUGGGGGAAAACUCUGCUGCAAGUGCUGUUUCUUGUCCAAUGACUUAAAAAAAAAAAAACACCUGGGUGAUUGAUAGAAUCAAAAGGAUAGAGAUCUAGGAGGAUGAGAGGGGAAAGGGCCAUAUGUUUAUAGAUCACGAAGACUCGUGGGCAUUUCUGUGUAUUUCAGCGAUUCUGGCAAAUUCCAGGGAAGAUAUAUUUUCUCCAAAACCUUACAGAGUGAGAAGAGAUGAAAUACAUUUUUAAAGAAAGAUAGACUAUAUAAAUUUGUGUGGAAAUGAUGAUUACGAGUGUUGGUGAAUCAGUGGCAGGAAUGUAACUGUGCUGGGGAAAGACUUGUCUAUGGGAAGUGUUCUUGUGUGUAGGUUACAUGAGACCAGUGAUGGUUUUAAUGGAGUCAAGAAUAAGGAAAGAGCUAAAAUUCUCGGUUGUAUGUAGAUGGAUGAGAAGUAAGAAGAUGUGGAAUCUUCUAGUAAACAUUAAAUACUUUGUGUGCUCUAAUUUUCAUCCAUGAAAAACAAAAUAGAGAACACUGGCCUUUUCUGUCCCAAAGGAAAUACAGAUUGGAUCUUUUAUGUAAGGCUGCUAUCUAGAGUUAAAUUCAUUAUGAAGUGGAAUGGUGUUUGGAUUUUCCUCAUGUGAUUCUCUUCACAUGAAUAUGUUAUUUGUGUGGCGUGGAGCUGUGUUUUUCAAACUGCAGGUGACAGAACAUUAGUGGUCCAUGUGUUGGCUUACCAUGAGGAUUUUCAGAGAGCAGAACAGAACAGAGUGGAACAUAAAAUACAUGAGUGCAGCACAUACAGUAAGAGUGCAUAUUGUUAAACUUCUGUUUCAGUUUGUAUGUAUACAUAAACGUAUGUGUAUGCAUGUACUAAGCUGCUAUGUAAAAUGUAUUUCUAAGUGUUGGUUGCAGUCAAAAAAGUUUGAAAAACACUAGUUUAGUGACAGCGACAACACUAUUGAACGAGUCUGUAGUGAGGAAAGAAAUUAUAUUUGUAAAUGGAACAAUGUUAACAAGAUAAAGAGUAAAAUUUAAAUGUAUUUCUAUAAAUAGUGUGUCUUUACUUCUAGGCAGGUCUGUAGCUAUGCUGUGUAUUCGUGAAUACAUGGUAUAUUACUAAGCACGGAGUCAACGUUUGAUCAAUUCAAUUCAAUUUGACAAAUCUUUAGGUAAGAACUGUUAUUUUCUAAGAUUUGUGGUAAGUGCUGUGGAUAUAUACAUACAUAUAUGUUUACAUACACACACACACACACACACACACACACACACACGUUUAGGAAACUUAAACUUUUCUUUAACUCUGCCUUUUGCAAUACCCAUCUAACUCCCUAGCUCUACAUCUUGGUCCUUCAUCCAAGAUAUUAGUUACCCACUUACAUUCUUAACUUUCAGUCCAAGAAAUGGACACAUGUAAAUGACAUAAUUGAAUUAAAAUGACAUAAUUGCUCUGGAAACAGUCUCAUACCUAUUUAAAAGCCUUGGGAUUCCUUGAUGCAUCCUUGGCUUCGUUCUUCCCUAGACCUAGAUAGAAAAAUACAGGCUGCUAUUGGUGAUCUCUACCUGGAUUCCUCAUGUGAUUAUGUGGUGUACUAUUAAGUUUUCUAUUAGUAGAAUUUUUCAAGGAAUAAGAAAAAAAAUACUUGCCUUGAACAUUCAACAUACUGAGAAUCUACGUGACUUGUUAUUUCAAGUAUAUUUUACAGAGUAGUGGAAAUCCUUGUUUGACCUGAAUAAGACAGGAGAAAAGAAGGAAGGGAGGGAGGAAGGGGAGGCAGAGUGUAGUGUCACAGAGCCAAGAGAAACCAGAAAGGAGCAUAUUGGUAGAGAGGAUUGUCACGUGCAAGGUCAUCUUGAGCCUGGUUUAAAUAAGAAAUUGGUAGAAACAAAGUCUCAAAAUUUUUGGCAAGAUGCCAUGAGCCCGGGCUCGGACCCACUAGAACCCUUCAACAUUGUUUCUUUUCAUUUACCGUAGUGGAAAAAGUAGUUUCAUGGAAACUAGUUUUCACCCCCCACUCCCUUCUCAUUUCUCUUUAAGACUAAUUCACUCCGGUCUGCCAUUAGAAACAUCAAAAGCCAAGGUUGCGAAAACUAAUGGUCCAAGUUUGCGAUGGUGUUUAGGGAGAUGGAGGCUAUCCUGUAAACAACUAAUUGUUCCAAAUUAUCUGUAAUUUCUAAGUGGUUAUAUAGAGAAUCUCCUGAAAAAUACAGAAUGCACAUACAGAAAAGACUCCAGAAAAAUGGAAGCAAGACUAGUAAUCACUACAUCUUAUAAAUUCUAUGCUUGAAACAAAAGUUAGACUUAUGAAUUGACUCUGCUGGUUAGUUAACUUUGGGAAGGUGGCUGUUUGCACAAAGACGGGGCACGAGAUACUCAUAGGAAAAGAAGUGGUAUAUGGAAAUUCUCUGAGGAGAAAUUUGAAUCCAAAUAUUUGAGAACUUGCUCUAGCCCAAGAUAUACUGAUGCCAUGGUAGUGCAGAACGCGAAAGAGUGCGUAUCCUCUUCAUGAGGGAAAUGAGCCAAAAUAUAUUUCUAAAGAGCUAGGUAACAUGUAAUAAUUUGAUAAAGUUAAAUUAAAAUAAGUGUUGAUUGUAUACCUUUUAAUUUUAUUAUUUAAAAAGAAAAAAAAAUGAGAGACCAAAAACGAUUGUGAAUUUGAGCAUUUGGUGUGAUGGCAAUUACAAUUCAAUUACAAAUAUU